AGCUGUUUUGUAUUGUUCAUUUAAUUCUGCUUAUUUGUCAGAAAUCUGCCAGCACCGCCAAAACCAAAUUAGCGUCUAAAUAUUUUUCUAAAAUGAAAUUCCGUUUCUGUGGUGAUGGCGACUGUCCCGACUGGGUGUUGGCGGAGAUUAUAUCCACACUAUCCGUGCUGAGCGCCCAGAAUUUAGAGACAUUAGCUGGUUUAGUUGCCAAGAGAAUUGUCGGUGCACAGUUCGAGGAGAACGCCAUUAAAGCGAUAACAGCUGAUUUGUCCAACGAUGGUAAAUCUGCUGUGGCUUGCAUACAUUUCUUGCUGAUCAAUGCUUCGCGUCAUGCCGUUACGGAGGCGGUAUUCAGCGAAGAGAUUCAACAAUUGGGCUUACCCAAGGAGCAUGCUGCGUCAAUGUGCCGCGUCUUGGCGGCCAAUGUGAGGCAAAUACGUCAACGCUUGCAGGACAAGGCAUUUAAAAUUAAUGAGCUCUCGUCAGUGCGUUUUAUACCACCGUCACCAGAACAGCCCGAUAACACAGUUGGCUGCGUCAAAUUCGAAUUAAAAAUCGCACAGGAGCUAAUUGAUGGGCUGCCAGAGGACACCACACAUGUGCUAAAUAUUGAGCGUGCAAACGUUGAGGCCUUACUCGAUGAGCUGAAGGAGGUGCGCUCUACAUUGCAACAAUAUAGUUGGCGGGAAAAGGACAAAACGGAUGUCUAAGUGUGAAACUAAUUUAUAGUGGACAUUUCUUUACAAGGUAUUGAAUUAAAAAUGCAUUUUGUAGUAGUAAAGUACUUAGAUGUACUAGUAAUUCUUCAGGGUAUAAGCUAGUAAUUAUUAGGUACUAUGAAAACCAUUUAUAAUAUUCUAGUAUGAUAGUAUUAAUACUCAUAUGUUGCGUUUACAAUUACAGUAAAUGCUUAUGAGAGAAAUUCCUCUUAGGAAGACUUAUAUUUCGUCAUAAUCAUCAAAUCGUAACUAUUAUUGUAAUUAUAAAUGACAAAAACACAAAAAAAUAUUGCAUUUAGAUAUAAUAUAAAAAAAUAAGACAAAACGUUAACUUCGGUUGCACCGAUGCUGUAAUACCAUUCCCAAAAACGAA